AGUGGGGGUGCAUACAAAGUAGUUUGAUGCGGAAAUACUAUUUUUAAUACAAUCAUUUUUACAUCCUCAUGGUUUUAUGCAGUUGUGUACGUUGCAGUGUAGAUUGUGUGGUGUGCUGAUGUGUGUUGUAUGUGAGCCAAGGAAGGGGUGAGUGAGAUUAAAUUUAUGUAGCUGAGAGAGAGAGAGCGGGACAGAAAGAGAUGGAGGAGCACCAAAGUGUCAACUUCAUGAGACUCCUAUCAGAUGAGAGCGGCUGUUCCAUCCUGUCUGAGGACUCGUGUGUGUACCAUCACACUGAGAUAUAUGAAGAGCUGCCCAGCUCCCAGGCCGCCCGGCACAGAAAGCAGGGUGGCUGGCAAACUUGCGAGGCUGAGCCGGGCCGCUUGCCUCGAGGAGCCAAGGACAAAACGUCUACGCAGCCUCUCAGAAACCUGCUCCUGUGUCUGCAGGGGAAGAGGGAGGCCAGGAACAGAAGGAACCUGGAAAUACGCAGUGUUGGUUUUUGGGAGUCCUGGAGGCGGAGUCAAAGUAUCAACAGGAAGAGAGUGUGGGCAGGGGUGCGAGGGGCGUUAUCCAGCCUGUUGCCAUGGCAGCAUGUUCUCCACUCCAUUGAGGGCAGAUUUGGAGUUGGAGUCAAAUCCUAUUUUGUGUUCCUGAGAUACCUGGUUUACAUGAACCUGCUACACUGUGUUGUUAUAUCGUCUUUCAUCCUGGGGCCGACAGCUUUCUAUGGCAGGGGCAACAACAAACCUUUGACCUUUGAAGACGAUGACUCCUUCUUGGACUUCUUCCUGGGAUCGGGCUUCCUGGAGCGUUCUCCAGUCUUCUUUGGGUACUACACGCGCGGUUCGCUGAAUUUGACGUGCUUGAACACACCUCUGUUGUACCUCAAUGGAGUCCUCGCCAUCCUCAUCCUCAGUCUCAUCAUGGUUGUCCGCAGAACAGCGGUCAGCUACAAGCACAUGCGGCUCCUGGGGAAGCGUUACAGUGUGAAUGUGAGUUUCAAGAUCUUCUGCGGCUGGGACUUCACCAUCCAGGAUCACGCUGCUGCUAGUCUCAAACGCAGCUUCAUCAGAAAUGACCUCAAGCUGUACCUGGAGGAGCAGAGUUUCUCACUGCGGAAGGCUCAGAGGACGCUUGCUCAGAGGGUGCGUCUCUACACACUGAGAAUCAUCCUCAACUUGCUCGUUGUGUCUCUGCUGGGCGGAGCCUUUUACCUCAUCUACUUUGCCACCAUAACGUCACAGUCUGAGGGCCAGAAGAGCGGGCACCACUGGUUGGUCAGUCUGAUCCUCCAGUAUCUCCCUCCAAUUGCCAUCACCUCGGUCAACCUGGUCCUCCCGCACGUCUUCCGCAAGGUCUCGUCUUUUGAAGAUUAUUCCUUCACCACACAGGUCAAUGUCACCUUGCUGAGGAGCAUCUUCCUGAAGCUGGCCUCUCUUGGGAUGUACCUGUUCUUCCUCUUUCGAGCCGACCGUCAGCAGUGUUGGGAGAACCAGUUUGGCCGAGAGAUGUACAAGCUCUGUAUCUUCGACUUCCUGGCAUCCUUCUGCAACACCUUCCUGUUGAACUACCCAAGGAAGUUGUUGCAGGAGCUGUAUCCAUCGUCCUUGCUGACUCGGCUGUUGGGCAAACAGCGCUUCCUGAUACCUGAUAAUGUGCUCGACCUGGUCUACCAUCAGACAGUGAGCUGGGUGGGCGUCUACUACUGCCCCCUGCUGCCUCUCCUAGGAACUGUCAAGCUGGUGGUGAUGUUCUACAUCAAGAAGUUCACGGUUUUGCGGUGCUGUGUAGCGGAGCAGAGGAUGUUCCGCGCCUCCAGCUCCUCAGUGUUAUUCCACUUCAUGUUGCUGCUGGGUCUCUUCAUGGCCGUGGCCACAUUCGGCUUCAACCUUUACCAGUUCGCCUUGUCAUCCUCCUGUGGUCCGUUUGCAAACGGGGCCAGUGUGUUUAAUGUGACCGGUGUGUGUGUGGACAGUCUACCUGGACCAGCCCAGAGCGCAGUCCGCUACCUGGCCUCUGAGGCCUUCGCCCUGCCGCUCAUCCUGGCCGAGAUUGUAAUUCUCACUUCCUAUGUGUCACGGGGGCGAGCCAACCAGAGGGCCAUUGAGAGACUGAAAGAUAUGCUGGUUAUGUGCAGUUCGGAUAAACGUUUCCUGGUCAAACAGCACACCACAAUGCUCAGAAAUAAGAAGAGGACGCAGAAAGCUCGCACCACAGACGCUGGGGAGGACAGCUCUGCCUGCCAGUGAAGGAACCCCCUCCACACUUCUAAAGCAAUGUCAACACUUUGUUUUCACUCAGGAUGCACCGAUCCUGAUUGUAGGUCACAGCUUUUCGAGGCUUCUUAUCUUUUAGGUUUUCCGUCCACAAACCUGCUGCCUCGCUGAAUGAUGGAAAGUCUGAGGGUGAAAGGUUUCACUUUGCUGGCUGUUGCAGACUCAUCACUGGAUGGAGGGCUCGUGGGCGAGCGUUUGCUUUUAAAACCACAGCUGAGGGUCGAUGAAACUCUCAUUGUUUCAAAAGCAAAGAUAUGAAACAGUUUUUGCAAAAGAUAAAACAUGCAAUUUUCUUCUCUCUUAAUUUAUCCAUCAUGUUUUUAGUUAAAAUACUGACAAUGAUAGUAAUAAAAAUAAAUAAUAUGGUAGCAAUUUGUUGUUGUUGUAAGGUGCAAUUACUGUGUUUUUUUCCUUACAGCCUGUAUGUAUAUACAAUGUGUGAAUUAUGUGUUUUGUUAAUGUAUAAUGAAUGCAUGUGGAUGCAAUUAUAUUCAAUGUUUCUGAGAAUAUUCAUAGUAUGACAAGUUUUGUCCAACAUUCUUUUAUAUAGGUAGUAUAAA